CACCACUUGUUAGUUUCAGACACCAUUCUAUGUAACUGCGUCAAAAUGUGUUUUUAGAUGCUGUACACUUCUUGCAGAUAUUUCAUUUGGUAUGUGUACUGCAUUAAGUUUUGGCCAGAUCUCUAUCCAACCAAAAAUAGUAUUGGAAACAAGGCCUGAUAGGAAGACGAGAAGUAUCGGCUAGACAGUCUGCCUCACUCCUCAGUGCUUUAUUUGAUUUGUACCUACAUCAUACAAGUAAUCUAGGCUGGAUAAUGACUGGAUAUCGCUAUUUUGUUGUACUGUUUCUCAUUGUAUUUCUUGAGUCAAGUGAAUCUGCAGGAAUAAACUGUACUGUUGCCAGUGGCCUACCAAUUCAUGAUGUACUGAACACCACAAUAUGUCCAGGGUCCUCUUGCCUUGUGUUCACAUACAAUAGCCACCAAACACUUCACUUUGAUCAUGAAACUGUGAUAACAUAUGGGUGCGCAGACAAUGAAACUUGCCAACCAGACAUUAUAGGGAACUGGAGAAGGGCAAAAUAUGAUGGAAAAGAUGGUAUGCUUUUUUGCUGUAAUGAGAAUCAGUGCAACCUGCCAGCAGAAAUGAAAAGAAACCACAUGUUCAGGCCAGCCUUGGACAUUUCAAGUUCUCUUCAAUGCUAUGAAGGAAAUCUCAAUUCCACUUUAAAAACCUGUUCCAGUAGUUUAUGUUAUAAUGUGUCAAUGCUGGAUAGUGAUAGAAAACUUCAAAGUCACUUUUUUGGAUGUGCUGGUCAAAAUCAGGAAAUAUGCAAGGAUCAGAAAACCAAUGUGACAUUUAAGGGCUGCAGAGAGAAAAACAGUACCAAUGGACAUCUGGCAAAGUUUUGUUGCUGUGACUCAGAAAAGUGUAAUUUAGAUAAGGCACUGGUAGGGAAACCUAACCACACAUCACAAAAUGGUUCACUGUUGAGUCUGAUAUCUCACGGGGGCUGGAUUGUUACUGCAGUAAUCGUCUUGGUAGUAAUUGGAACAGUAUUCACAAUAUUUACUGUGUCUUGUGUGAUCUACAAUAGGCGUAAGAAGCAAGCGGGCACAACAGAUCAUCAGCCAGCAUUUUCCUACCAGAAUCUUCAGGCCGAUUCGGUACAGGGAUAUGAACAGCUUUAAGUACGAUAUGACUCCAUCUUUUCAAAGUGGAAGUACAGUCAGUCUUCAAUUAUAUAAUUUUGCAAUCAUUUAAAAUAAACUUCUGUGCAGCAUUUGUGGUACUUUUCUUGUACAGAAUAGAAAUAUGAGGUAGCCUUCUUUAAAUGUUUGUUUCAGUCUAUAGGAAUGUUCGAAUUUGAGGAAUUUUUGACUAAAAAAAUACAGUAUCUGUAAAAUGUACAAUUUUCCCCAGUGAAAAGAUGGAGUUAUUACUGUAUUUUGUUAACAAACAUCUAUUUUGGACAGUUAUUUUGCUAUUGAGCAUGUAAUAUUGCAGUUACAUCAGUUACCCCACAUACCAGCAAUGGUACCAAAGUUGUCAUCUUACAACAAAUAUUAUGUAGCUACCAUAGCUUUAAAAAUGUUGCUUAUAAAUCAACUUAUCUAUUUGUAAGAGCCUCAUAUUUCCUUUCCAAAUUUUUUGGUCCUGUCAGUAGAAUUGAAGACGUAUUUUGAGUGAGGGGUCUGUAAAAAUGACUGAAAUGCUACAUGCAUUCAACUAGUGAUAGCAAAAGGACUUUUGAUCACAAUUGUUUUUGAUUACAUUUUUCAUUCAGAGGUAUUAAAUUAGAAACCAUAUUUUGGUUUAUUUAAGGCUAAAACUCUUGUUGAAAAUGUAUGUAUAAGAUCUGAGAAUUCCAUGUAAGUUGCAAGAUAUGUCUUGUGAUGCAUUUAUUUGAACAUUUAUUUUCACAAUUUUUUCUUUCCAACUUGAUAUUAUAGAUUUUGUUCAUUAAUACAAAUAAUAUGUCCAAGUCAGCUGGUGAGGUUCAAGACAACUUUUUGUACAUUCUACAGUGGUACAAUCACAUGUAACUUGUCUUUGUAUUUUUAAAUACUGUUAAUUUACUCUUUUUUACUUGGGUGUUCAUAUUUAAAAUAUUUUUCCAGUUGUGUACAAGUGAUUCACAGUAUUAUAGCUGGCUGUUUGAAAUGUAUAAUUUUAUGAAAAAAGUACUAUGUAAAGUAAAACCAUUUGCACCAUUUUAAUAUAUUGUGCACACAAUCAUUUUAUCAUCUACAACCAAAAGACUUGCUUAUUGGUUAUUUAAUGUUAUUCCAAGUGGUAUAAGACUUACAUAAAAUGUUUUUUGAAUUACUCAAGUUUUGAAAAAAAUACCACCAAAUGCAAUUUAUCAUGACUGCAGCUAGUUAAGAGUAAGACUAAUGAAAUGUAUCUUAAAUUUUAGAUUUUUUAAAAUAAUGAAAUCUAACUUCAGCCUCUUUAAAUGUACAACACAUGUACCCUUGUUAAUUUAUGUAUCAUUCUUGUACAGGAGAGUUUGAAUAUUAACUUAACAAUAUACCAUAUUUCACAUA